GAGGAGGCCGUUUCAGUUGGACCCGUCAGGUUGAGAGUGUCCGGAGGUUAUUGUUUCGGUUCUUCCAUACCCUAUUCUUGUUUAUACGUUUUACUAUAAAACCUGUUUUCAGUCAGAUUGAGAGCAAUGAAUCCCGAUAUUAUGAAAGAGCGGCAAAACGCGACUUUUAACGUCGAGAAACUGACAAACAUUUUGGACGGGGGCCCAGAAAAGACCAAAAGAAGGCGAGAAAUUGAGUCGCUGGUUUUCAGCGAUCCGGACUUUCACGAGGAGGACCCAAACUUCCUGUCCCGCAGUGAGCGCUAUGACCAGGCUGUUAGAAAAAGUGCCCAAAUGAUCCUGAAGCUCAGAGAGUAUGGAAUUGCAGACCCAGAGGAGAUCUACUGCUAUAAGAAGUCUGUGCACGCCAACAGGCCAGAGCCUUUGGAUCUCCAUCUGGGGAUGUUCCUGCCCACACUGCUCAACCAGGCCACCCCAGAACAAAUGGACCGUUUCUUCAUGCCUGCCUGGAACCUAGAGAUCAUCGGCACCUACGCUCAGACUGAGAUGGGCCACGGCACUCACCUCAGAGGGCUGGAGACCACAGCCACAUAUGACCCCGCCACGCAGGAGUUUGUCUUGAACAGUCCCACAGUCAGCUCCAUCAAGUGGUGGCCUGGAGGACUUGGAAAAACCUCAAACCAUGCCAUAGUUCUAGCCCAGCUUUACACUCAGGGAAACGGCCACGGUCUGCAUGCUUUCAUCGUACCCAUCCGCGAUAUGAGCACCCAUGAACCCCUGCCAGGUAUUGUGGUUGGAGAUAUCGGACCCAAGUUUGGCUUUAAUGAAGUGGACAAUGGCUUCCUGAAACUAGACAAUGUACGAAUCCCACGGGAGAACAUGCUGAUGAAAUAUGCCAAGGUGGAGCCAGAUGGAACCUAUGUGAAGCCACCAAGUUCCAAGCUGACCUACGGCACCAUGGUGUUCAUCCGCUCCCUGAUCGUAGGCGAGUCAGCUUCGGCCCUGGCCAAGUCCUGCACCAUCGCCAUCCGCUACAGUUCUGUUCGUCACCAGUCGGAAAUCCGGCCGGGAGAGCCAGAGCCCCAGAUCCUCGACUACCAGACGCAGCAGUACAAGCUGUUCCCUCUGCUUGCUACGGCCUAUGCCUUCACUUUUGUCGGCCAGUACAUGAAGCAGACCUACAACCGCAUCAGCGGAGACAUCAACGAGGGGGACUUCAGUGAACUGCCUGAGCUCCAUGCCCUUUCUGCGGGACUGAAGGCAUUCACCACGUGGGAAACCAACUCUGGUAUCGAGGUGUGCCGCAUGUCAUGCGGUGGCCACGGCUACUCUCGCAGCAGCGCCUUGCCAGACAUUUACGUUGAGUUUACUCCUACAUGCACCUACGAGGGAGAGAACACAGUCAUGAUGCUGCAGACUGCAAGAUACCUGGUGAAGAGCUACCGGCAGGCUAAGGCAGGACAGCAGCUCAGUGGCAUUGUGUCGUACCUGAAUGAAGCAGAGCACCAGAGGGUCCAGCCUCAGCCCGUCGCUGCCAGACCAACCGUGGUCAACAUAAAUGACCUUGCUAGCCUGGUGGAGGUCUACAAACUGCGAGCUGCGAUUCUAGUAGAGCUGGCAGCUAAAAGCAUCCAGCAGGAGUUGCAGCGCAGGAAGAGCCAGGAGGACGCCUGGAACAACAGUGCUAUCGACCUGGUCAGAGCCUCAGAUGCCCACUGUCACUAUGUUGUAGUGAAGCUCUUUACCGAGAAGCUGGGGGAGAUCAGCGACACAGCAAUACACUCAGUGCUGUCAACCCUGGCUCUGCUCUAUGCCCUGCAUGGCAUCACAAAUCACUCUGGAGACUUCCUACAGGAUGGACUGCUGAGUGUGCCCCAGGUGCUGCAGGUUUCUGUGCGAAUCAAGGAGCUGCUGUCUCAACUGAGGCCCAAUGCUGUGGCACUGGUAGAUGCUUUUGACACUCACGACAAGAAGCUAAAUUCGGUCCUGGGACGAUAUGAUGGGAACGUCUAUGAGCACAUGUUUGAGUGGGCUCGCAGCUCACCACUGAACUCCACAGAGGUCCAUGAAUCCUUCCACAAGUACCUGAAGCCGCUGCGGUCCAAACUGUGAGCUGACCUUUGAACCUUACUUCCUGGUUGUGACCCUUCAACUCUUUGUGUACAGGCAGCAUUAGCCCAUCAUAUCGUCACCAAUCUGAAGGAAUUUAGCCUUUCCUACUCUAUCAAUCUAUAUGUUGUCAAAAUGAACACCAUAAUCAGCCUCCCUAAACGCCAUUGUAUACGUGAUAUACAUGGAAUACAUUUUGGAGCAAGGUAGACAGCAAGCUUCUCCUGGGUAAUGAUGUGGGGGGGAAUCAAGAGUGGGCUGUAAACAGGGGAUGGACAAUGUAAAACAAAGU